AAAAAAAACCAAAAGCACCGAUCGUUCCUAUUUUAAACAUAAUAUCGUAAUAUCGGGGUUUGUUAAACUGCAGACAGCAGGUGAGUUAUAAAAUUAAACCCAGGGAAAGUUGUAUCGGCCAGCAGGCUAAUCGUCAUAACUGUAAAAAAUAAAAAAAAACCAGUUGGAAAGGUGCCAUUAAGUGUUUUUCACGGAGAGGGCGAGAAAGUUUGGGUUUUCCUGGUCGCUUUAUUCCCGGUCGCAAUGUCCACUAAUAAUACCAGCAGCAACCUCGUCCUCAUGCAGAAAGUCGUGCAGCAACUCCGAAUGGAAGCCGGGGCUCGAAGGAUUAAGGUGUCCCAGGCGGCGACGGAACUGCAGAAUUUCUGCCUCCAGAACGCCCACAAAGACCCCCUGCUGAUGGGGGUCCCCUCCAGCGACAACCCGUUCCGCCCCCCCAAGUCCUGCUCCGUGCUGUGAGAUUAAUCUAACAGUGAAGCAGAGAGGCUGUGUGAUUCUCAUGUGAUUCAAGACCCCAAGAAAUAACAAGACGAUGACCAGGAACUGCAUCACUCCCUGACACACACACACACACACUGACACACACACUGCACACACGCACACACCGUACACACACACAGACACACACACCACACACUUACACACACACUCACUCACUCACACACACCACACACUCACUCACUCAGUCACACACACACUCACUCUCACAUUCACACUCACUCACACACACCUCACUCACACACACAGCUCACUCACUCCCCACACCAGAAUCCAGUCUGGACUGGGAACGCCCUCUCGGACGGUCUGGCUCCCAGCCAGCAGUCCCAGUAUCAAGCACAGGGACUCCUGGUGUCUGUGGAGGAGAUUGCGUCUCUGCUGAAGGAAUGUUUGGUUUGAAGGCAGGUUGUGCAAGAAGCUCAACAUGCGGCAGCGAGACGCUUCAACAGCUCCCAGUCAAACAAGCCUGCCUUUAACUGAGCAGGACUGCGUGUCUGUAACCCUGAGAGAAUAUUCGAACCCGCCGCACGUGGAAGACACAGCUGAAAUGUAACGCGCGCCCUUCUAGAACUGGAGACUGCGAUGUUAGUAAGCAUUGCCCACCUUGUGGGAGACGAAGCCCUGUUCAGGGCUGAUCUGUUCACUCCCUCAGAGGCAGGCUUUUCCUAUUCACAGUGAGCUCUCCAUCACUUCGUAUACGAACCCCCUCAGCAAAUUCACUCGCUUUGCUUUUGCCCUGAGUGUGACCCCUGAGGUCACGGGGUCACUGUAACCUGGGUGAUGAUUUUGUUUUUAGCGAUUUUGAAUCACUUGUUGUAUCGAACAGCUUCCUGAAAUGUGACACUAAUUUGCCAAAGGUACUACACCCACACUUAAUAUAUAUGUAUGUAUGUAUAUGAACACACACUCACACUUCUCUAAUUAACGAAUGAGUACUGUAAACAUGUGCUGUGUUUAAUAUCUGUAACUGUGAUCUGUAUUAAUAAUUAAUAAAAUCAUGUGUUUCAUCA